CCUUCUGUGACUGUCAGACACGCUGACCCCACAAGCUGGGUUCAGCGGAGCAUGGCAGAGUGUCAGCCUGCAGGUUUCUUCACUGUGACGGAGAAAAUGAGAAGCUGCUAUGCAAAGUUUCUGCACAUGAUGACUGCUGCCGAAAUAUGCCACCCACUUUCAUCUUCAGUUCUCUGAGCCUGACGCCCGGUUCUGACCCAGCCUCGGAUCUAUCAACUGUUUGCUCAAAAGAGAUGCGAUGGCUAUUUUACGCAAAUACAUCUGGGUGCUGGUGCUACUGGGGAUGUUUUUUGUGUCACUGGUGAUCAGCCUCAUCUUCAUCCUCGUCAACAAGUGUAUUAUUUCCAGAAAAGCAGGCAAACACCGAAUUUUACAGCUUCAGGACAGGCCUGACGUCAAAAUUGAGAGCAACAAAUAUCAGCUGACAAAAUCUGGCCUGGCCACGCCUCCUCUUCCUCCUCGGACACAGUUUCUCACAGCAGAGGCCCAAAGCUAUGAGAACCUGGCCGAGGAAUGUGAGCAUGACGAUCAGAGUGACCACGACUACGAGGAGGCCCUGGACCAGAACCUCGACUGCGUGAAGGUGCAGGAAAAUCUGCUCUGCAAUCAUCCAAACACAAACUCUGGAGUUUCAGUCGCCCAGAGCUACGAGAACCUGGCUGAGGAGAAUGACUACGAGGAGAGUGUGGAUCCACUGCCGGACUACAUCAAAGUGGAGGAUGAAACCGAGUUUCUUCCCCCUCCUCUCUGCGAUUUGGAUCCAAAUAUGACAUGCAAUGGUUCUUUGGGUCAGAGCUACGAAAAUCUGGCCGAUGAGAAUGAGUACGAGGAGAGCAUGGAGCAGCAGUUGGACUAUGUGACGGUGGAGGAUGAGUUCACUCCUCAUCAGAACAACGAAGCGAAGGACAACGCCUCCACUGCUUCCACCGAGGACUAUGACGACAUUGGAGGAGAAGAUGAGGACGACUAUGACGAUGUUGCAUAAGAUCAAUAUUUUAAAAAAAGGACAAAGACUUUUUUCCAACCUUCCUGCUGAGCAGAGCUUUCACAGAUUUCUUAUGUUUCUCAUCUUUGCUUAUUUUUCACAUGUUUUAAAAAGCAGAACGGCUGGAGAUAACGGUUCGCUUGUUGGACAUUCAGUUCUACUUUUUGAUUCCUACACAACUUAUUUACUGAUAAUUUCCAGAUUUGUUUAUCGAUAGGUCUUUCAACCAUUUUUGAUUUGAAACCUUGUGAACUUUUUUAUUUUAUUUUCAAAA